GCCAUUAAACACUGGAAAGAACUUCACCACCAGAUGGCGUUGGAGAAAUUCGCAAAUCACUUUAAAUCUGUACAGAAGAAUCUACAACUGAGAGCAGUUUCAAGAGAUGGACAUCGACGCUUCAGAAGGUUUAUGAAGAGAAAGAGGAAGCGAAACAAGCGGAAAAGGUGCUGCAGGAGAGACUGGUCCAUUUUAUUUUCCACCAGUGGUACAGGAUGAGUUUGAACUCACAAACCUCAAAACCUCUGCUGUUACGUUACCACAACAAACUACUAGCCAGAGUUACCAAAUCUUGGCACCAACUGAUUAUUCGGAAGCACCAAUGCUCGGACAAUUCCCUGUUAGUCUACAGAGCUCAACUGUCGAAAUAUUUCACCAGGUGGCGGCGGCUGCACGUGGUGUACGACUGCGAGAGAUGCAUCAAGGGACGGAAGAACAGACUCGCCCUACAGCAAUGUCUUUCUGGGUGGAAACACGUCAUCAGCAGAAGACAGUUGGCAUCGCAUUUCCAUCGGAAGUCUCUCUUGCGGAGAUUCAUCGUUUGGCGGAGAAGAGCUCAGCAGAGAAUACGGAAGAAGGUUCUGCUGGAGGCUGAAAUGAGACGCAAUGUGUUACACCAAAAAGCAUUCUUUGACCAAUGGAGGUGGAACGUAAAGAGAUGGAAAAGUGCCAGAAGCGAGGCACUAAUUAACAUGGAGAAGUUGAUUAAGAAAAACCUGAUGACUGGUGCCUUUGACACCUGGAGGAGAGCUUUGUCUAAUUUAUUAUUGGCCAGAGAUUACAAUAGCUGCCACCAGAUGGCAUUGGUGAGACAGAUCUUAACGGAGUGGCACAGUUAUACAGAGAAGGUCUUAACCAAAGCCGUCAUUCGCUUGCAGAUGUCUCUACAGAUGGAUCCCUGGUUAUGUGGCGGCACCGAUUUGCAGUUGUUGGACAGUUCAGACUAUGAGAGCCAAGAUGGUUUGGAAGCUCUGGAAGAAGGACAGGCUGAACAACUGGAGGAUGGUGCCAGUCCAAGGACUUUCGUGAAGUACAACUCAUCGAAUUCCUUGCAGCUGGAGACUGGUUCAGAACAAGUAAUCUGUGACUUGGACUCUGCCACAAGAAAACAGCAAUUGAUGAGAAAGUUGAUAACCAUUCUCAAGAACUGGCCGCAAAGCGCCGUCUUGCUUCAAUGGAGACAAUACACAGAGAUAAGUCAAUAUAGAAGACUACAGGUGGAACUGAUGAAAGAACAACAGCGUCUGCAAAUUACCUCAGCACAUUUCAAACUUUGGUGCCACCAACACAGAUUGGCAAAACUUGCUCAAAGACACAGAGACAUGAAAUUAAAAUCUGAAAUCUUCUCAAAAUGGAAACUGUAUCAGAAACAAAGAAAAUCCAAGUCUCUCUUACUUGCCAGAGCUUCCAGUUUCUACUUCAACCAUUUCCCAAGUCAAAUAUUUUCUCUUUGGUUAGCAAAAACCAAGAAGAAACGCUACUGGAACAAUGUGGCUGCCAUGCUGGAGCACUACACACUCCGAGAGAAACAACUUCAGCCAAUCGAACAACAGCUCACAGAUACGGUGAAUAAGAAGUCUCUUGGGAUUGUCAUGAAAACUUGGCAGCAAUCGUUUAUCGUCAACAAGCACUAUAAACAGUUCUACAGGAACCAAUUGAUGUCCAGAUACCUGCAUCAAUGGAGGGAAUGGUGCAAGAAUCGCCAGGAUAUGAAGCAAAGAUGUGAUAAGUUUAAGAAAAGGAGAAUCCAGACACUGGCAAUUCGAACAUGGAUCCACUUGACAAAACAAAGAAUGGUCAUCGAAGAUAAGAACCACUGUAGAAUGCAUCGAUUGAUGGUUCUGGUGAUUGGGAGCUGGCACCAAUGGGCAGACGCAAGCCACCAACAGAAAAUAGCUGCAAGUCAUUUGAAGAAGAGCCAUGACUAUUUGAUGCAAAGAGAAGUUUUUACCGCCAUAAAAGAAGAGUUCCAAAAAAGCAAAAAGGCAUCUCGUUGUUACCAGCGCCAUCUUCUGGAAAAAGCCACAAAAUAUUGGCACGGACAGAGCAGAAGGCAAGUGGAUCUGAAGAACAGAGCUUACCAACUCAUCUCUCAUCACAAGCUCUAUACAGUAUCCAGAAUAUUCUUUGUGUGGAAUCAGAGAUUUGUAAAGAGAUGUGAAGACAGGAAUAAUUACAUGGAAUUAGUUGAAAGGAAGGUGGUGGAGAUUGCAAGAUAUUGGCGGCGAAAAUCUCAAAGGACACGUGGCGAGACGUUGAAGUCCGUCUUAUUGAAAAGGAAGGUGAGAAGCUGUUUUGCUCAGUGGAAGAAGCAUUUUGCGGCAUUAGAAGAACUCCAGCAGCAGCUGUGGAUUUUUGCAUCGUGGAAGAAUCGGAGAAUACAGUUUACCAUUCUGAAUCAGUGGAAGACUGCUCUGCUAAACAACACAGCCGACAGAACUUAUCAGAACAACUGGACUGCCAAAAUAUUUAAUGCCUGGAAAAAAUGGAAUAAAGAUUCACUGCUACGGAGAAGAAAUUUGAAUGAUUUUGAAGCUGUACGACAGAGAAGACAGAUGAAAGCAUCGUUCAGUUAUUGGAAGACAUCUUGGAGAAAUUCUCAGAUAAGUAGAAAAUGGUUCUGCCAACAUUUGAAAUUGAGGUCGUUUGAAGUCUGGUGGUUGUACGUCAGCCACAGAAACCAACUCAGAGUCCAACUAAACAAACUUACAUGUUCAGUGAAAAGAAGAUAUUUGUAUACCAGUUAUAUAAGGUGGAAAGACAAGACUGUAAGUCGUACGGCUGAACGGACCCAAAGACAGCGCCAUGCCGACAUGGCCAAAUUUCACUUUACACGACGACUUUGUCUUCAAGUAUUCCACGUCUGGCACAAUGAAAUCCUUGUGUCGCAGAAUAUAGCCAGACGCCGGUUCAGGCUCAGUUAUAAAUAUUGCCAACGAUGGAAAUACCGAGUGGAUUUGAUUUCUACAGCAAUAUUCUGGAAUGAAAAGCAAAUUUAUAAAAGAAUAUGGGUCAAUUGGCGCCAUACUUACCUCAGAGAGAUCUGCUCAAUGAAAAUUGUUCAAGAAUUUACAAAACAGCGUCAAAUUCAAAUCUUCCAUGCAUGGCAUCAACUCUGUGUUUGCAAGAACAGACGCUACGAUAGUUUCUCUUCUAGCAUCCUGCAACAGUUGAGUCAUUAAUUCUUUGCCAAGACUGCCAACACACCGAAAUUCUUCAGCUGCUGCCAAAGGCCGCUCUUGGACUUAGGCCCUUUUGCUUCUUUCCUGGCUGUGAUUUCCAGAUUGCUACACAGUUUUUGAGGUAUAUUUGUUACUUCUCUUUUGUUAAUUAAAUAACU